CUUAAAAGUAAAAACCCUGAUCUCUCUCUAUCAAUCCUCACCACUUCACACAAAAAUGUCAGCAGCAGCAGCAACAAAAUUCUUCACUCUCUUUGAAACCAACACCGCCGUCUGCGCCGCCGUUAACCUCCACCCAUUCCGUCCACUUCGUUUCCCCAUCAAGCUUCUUUCUUCCUAUACCCCACUUCACUUCCGCCGCUUUUCAUCAUCAACUGCUUCAUCAGUAAUAGAUGAAGACUUUACAGCCGCCGCCGUUGUUGACUCUCCACAACAUCCGUGGCCGGAAUGGGUGACUUUCGUUGACCGUUUGAAAGCGAAAGGCUAUAUUAAUUCUGGUGUUAGUGGGAAUGAUGUUGGUGUUUAUAAAGAUAUGACUGUUUUGAAAGAAGCUUGUCUUAGUUUCGGCCGUGAUCGUUUCGAUUUAUUUAAUUCAUUAUCUAUGCAAGAUAUUCAAAAUCUUGUCGAGAAGGGAUGUCCUAAUAUAAACCGAAAGACUGUUAAUUCAGGGAAACGGUUGAGAGCACAUCUACAGCUGGAUGAAGGAGAUGCAUGUGGUGCUUGCGUCCUGCGAGGAUCAUGUGAUAGGGCGUAUGUGUUACUAAAAGACAUCGAGUCGGGUGCUCGAACUGUAGAUAUUGUGCGGAUCUUGUUGAACUAUGCACUUGACCCUGUUGUUGUUUCGAGCAAGAAGCUUACAGGGCAAGAACUUAUCGAAGCAUCUGCAAGGAAGUUGCUUUUGGAGUUGACUGAGCUUGGUGACACAAAAAUUAACCCUGGACUGCAAAAACCAGCUGCAGUAGUUGCUCGGAAAGUGAAACCAUAUGAAUAUGUGCAAACUGAUCCAUCUAAUAAUGUUGAAAUGAUGAGAGGAGAUUGGAUGUGUCCCAAGUGCAAUUUCUUGAAUUUUUCUAGGAAUAAGAAGUGUCGUGAAUGCAAUGAAGACGGUCCUUUAAAAUCUGGAAUAGAAGAAGUUGAAAUGAAGAAAGGCGACUGGAAUUGUCCCCAGUGCAAUUUUAUGAAUUUCGCCAGAAACAUUCGGUGCCUUAAAUGCAAAACAGAAGGGCCUAAGAGGGUUGGAGCUAAUGAUACCGAGAUGAAGAAAGGAGACUGGAACUGCCCACAGUGUCAAUUUAUGAAUUUUGCCAGCAACACAAAGUGUUUACGUUGCCGAGGGGAGCGUCCCAAAAGGAAGCUAAAUGCUGGAGAGUGGGAGUGCCCCUCGUGUGAUUUCUUCAACUAUAAUGGAAACGUUGUUUGUCGGAAGUGCAGCUGUGAGCGGCCCAAAGAUGUAAAAGAAAAAUAUGAAGAGCAAAUGUGGAGGAAGCCGUUAACAUCAAAGUACUAAUUUCAGUCCAUGAUUUGUGGGGUGUCAAGAAGUCAGACUGAAUAUGCAACUUUAGAAGUAUCGGGUUUUUUUAGUAGCAAUCCUUUUAUAUCGAAUCUGUUAGUGAAACCAAAUUUGGCUUUCAUUGCACAUUAUUAUCUUCUUUAUGAAAAGAAAAGCAGAAUAAAACAUGUCUAUAGUAUUAGUUUAAGAUUGAAAUGCGUGGUUGUUUUUGGCAUGUUUUGUGUAUGUAGAUAAAUGGCGAGUAAAAGGAAGAUUACCCGGGACCUAGGUUAGGGCUUUACAGUAACAUUGCAUUGUAGUAUAAAAUAAUAUGAUAAUAUGAUGUUGAAUUUUACA